CGGACGCCAACGGGGGAAUACGAGGAUUGAGUGAGGGAAGGGUGAACUAUAACUGCACAGUCUAGACUGCGGUAUCAGCAGUAGUGCAUCAGAUCUCCAGCAGAAUGGAACGUUGGGCAGGAAAAGUCGCAUUGGUUACCGGGGCCAGCGCUGGAAUCGGCGCGCAGAUCACAAAAAUGCUCGCGCAAAACGGCAUGAAAGUGAUCGCUGCCGCGAGGCGUCUGGAAAAAUUGGAGGAAUUGGCGGCGUAUAUCAAACGUGAAUACAAGGUCGAGAUAUACCCGAUAACGUGUGACGUUCGCAAGGAAGAAGACAUUCUCAAAGUAUUCAAAUGGGCGAACGAUAAACUGGGCGGUGUCGAUGUACUUGUUAACAAUGCAGGUGUGCUAUGGAACGAGACGAUCAUAGAUGGAUCAACAGAGCACUACCGCGCGAUCAUGGAGGUGAAUGUGAUCGGGACGGCGAUUUGUUCGCGGGAGUUGACACGUUCCAUCAAAAAGCGUGAAGCGUGUGGACAUAUUAUUAAUAUUAAUAGCAUUGCUGGUCAUUACGCGGAAAGCCUCAAUCUGCCGCUCAGUGUGUACUGCGCCAGUAAAUAUGGUAUCACCGGCAUGACUCAUAAUCUACGCAAUGAAAUAUCAAACGCAAAGCUCAACAUAAGAGUCACGAGCAUCAGUCCUGGCGCAGUGGAUACUUAUAUGUUAUCGUGCAUCGAAUUUCCGGAAGACGUAACAAAGCGAGACGACGUAGGUAUGCUGAAGGACCAAGAUAUCGCAGACGCAGUGCUUUAUGUGCUGGGUGCGCCGCCCCACGUAGUAAUAAGCGAACUAAUAAUAACCCCUCACGGCUUGACAAUGGGUUCUGCUUUGAAGAAACAACAAAAUUAAUAUGUCCGCAACGGGAGAACGAAGAAAAUUAUUUAAAAACAUUUUAAGUUCCAAGUAUUUUUGUUGUUGUUACUUUUGAAAUAUAGUACGACGCUUUUGUUGUUUACUUUUGAAAUGAG